GAUAGGAAUUCAAGAUAGCAUUUCAAUCGCCUUUCAAUCGUUUCCUCCUUUUCGCGCUAAAAAGAAAAAGAAAAAAAAAAACAAAACAAAAAAAAUACUACGUUGCGUACGCGCUUUCUCCUGUUUCUCACGCUCGUUUCAAAUUUCGGCGCGCGUUUAUCGUUUACGAGAGCGAGCGAGCGAGCGAGCGAGCGAGCGAGAGAUAUUCGAUAAACGAUAUUCUAUGAGAAUAACGAAAGGAAGAAUAGGGGGUUAUCGAUUUUGUUGCGAUAGUAAAGUUGAAACUAACGAGUCGAGACGUGAGUCUUUUUUUUUUUUUUAUUCUGUACCAGCCUCAAUCAAAUUCCAAGUACGUAUAGAUCGCAGUGAACGAGCGACGGACGAACGGAUACCGUUCGGUCUGGCUUCGAUUGAACGAUCAUCAAGGCGAAUAUGCGAUAACGGGUACUUCGACUGUUUGUAGAAAAAAUAAAUAUAAUUUUGUAUUCCGACAUAGUACUCGCCGAUAAUUAGGUACCCGCGGAUAAUAAAUUGCAAAUAAAGGCAUAGGAGUUACGGGCAAUGAUAAAGAGAAUUUCGUAAACCGGAUCUCGAUAGGCGUACGUUCCGAGUACGUUUCAAAUCAUAUUUAUCGCAUUAUCGUUCAAAUGCAAACGAGUUUUUCCAUCGAAAUAAAAAUAAUACAAGUAAAAAACACCUUUCAACAUAAUUAAGAUCUCGAGAUAUAGAUCUCGGCGCUCGAGCAGUUAAAAUGUCGGUAGAAUUUUUAUGCGCGAGUCUUAGAACGAGAAACGAACGAUAACGAAAGGAAAGGAAAGGACGAUGACUUUUCUCUCCCUUCUUGCGCUCUGAGCAUCGACAAUGUUGAAAAUCACCUGCCCCCGAGAGUAGUACGUCCAUCCUACGUAGUAGUGUGUGACAUCCUACGUUGAAACGCGAGACACGCGACCACGUAUAGAACGUAGACGAUGAAAGGCUAUCCUCCCUCCUUUCUUUCAGGCGGUUCGAAGAAGGUAAUAGGAAGAUGAAAUUGGCAGCGUCGUCCGCUCAUUAGCGCCCAAGACACUUCGUGCCAUAGAUUUAUGUGUCCCUGUGCUAACGAACUCGCGUGGCAUUGACUCGGUCGUGACUCGGGCCUCUUUCUUAACGAUCAAGCAACCAAUGACACAUUCGUCGUAUUCGCGCGAAUCAUCGAAAAACCAACCUUCGGAUCCUAAGAUGAUCAUGUUAAUGAUCUAGAAUGUGAGAAUUUUUUUCACAAUUAAAAUAUUUCUUGCCCUUUUCUUUUUUUACGAGUAACGAUCUUCCGAAAGAGAGGGAAAGAAAGAGCGGCACGCGUUAAUGACGACUCGCUCAAUCAUGAGAGAGAGGUUCUCGCGCGAGGAUCGAGCCAAGUCCAGAGGCAAUGGAAGCGAAAACCGAUCCUCAGUCGGAAAUCACGACGUUUCUUUCUCUACCAUCGCGUAGGAUGAUAUUAAAGCGAUUAAUAGUCCUCGUAGAUUCUUCGACCGAGAGGGAGAGAGAGAGAGAGAGGGAGAGAGAGAGAGAGAGAGAGAGAGAGAGAGAGAGAGAGAGAGAAAAUUAAAUCAAUCGAGAAAGCAGAGACAGGGAAAAAGAAAAAUAGAUAUUCUUCGAAUAUAUCCCCCGUUUGUCGGAGAGAAAAAACGAAUAGAAAACCGUAAGGAUCACAGGCGAGAAACGAGUUUCUAAGGGUCCGGGUAGUAGAAGAGUAAUUUAUGAAGACAUAGAAGCUCGACGUAGCAGCUUUUUCCUUGGAUGAAUCUAGGAAGGCUCGCCUGGUACAGUCCCUCAACCUUCAGCUUUUCUAUCCGUUAAAACUUCUAACUUCAGGAGGGGAAGAGUUAUCGCGAUAGAACAGGAUGUAGGUUCGUAGUUGAGAAGUUUAAGGGAAUAGGAGAGGAGCUCGACGUAGACGUACGACCUACCGUAUAACGACUGAGAAGGGUUCGGCCCUAUUGUACUCUCAGGAGCAUCGAGAUUAUUAGAAAAGGAAAGGGGGAAUGCGGUGAGACGUUGAAGAAUCUAUUUGACGUUUUUCUCCUCUCUCACGUUCUCAUUUUAUCGAUGCUUUUUGCCUUUUCAAAUAUCCACGAAGAGAAAGAGUAAGAUACGUAGAGAGCAACAUCUUGUCCAGCUCGUGCUUGGCACCUGGUAUAAGGGAGGGGGCAGCAAAUACGUUCGACGUACGAGACUCGCGGUCAAUCAUUUUCCAACAUGAGGACUUUAUCCAGGAGGCACAUCUCCCUCGAUCUCUCUUUGGAACAUAAAAACAUAAAGGUAAAAGCAUCGGUUCGUGAACCGUUAGAAGGGCCGGAUUAGAGGACCUGGCAGAUCGCGACUUUCUGUCACGACUCCUCGAAACCCGGAAGCAACGCUCGAUCACGAUAUUCUCUUCGGACUAUGAAUUUCGAAUUGGCGAUCACUGAGUUAAUGAGUGUUACGAGCCAUAUCUAUAUAUGAAGGAAGGAAGUAUUCCAAGUUGGUAAUCACUGAGGGACUAUUGGGGCUGGCCAUCUGUCCCUCGUUGCCACGUCCGUUAAAAUGCGUCUUGGUGGUCCAUUUUGGGCCUGUACGCUCGGAGGCCCACGUCACGUUCGGUGGGCCCGCUGCACCUAAAUUACUGCCCGAUAGUGCAUAGUUUGAAACUGGCAUACGCGUUACGACAUGACCCAGACCCUUUCCUAGAUCGACGUUCGUCCGAAAAGAUGAUUUCCAGGAUGUACGUGUUUGCAGGAUCGCCCUUCGAACUUUAUUUCUCGAGGAUUCUUCUUUUCCGAGAAAGGAUUUAAGGGGUAUUAUCCUCUGGAAGAUAGCCCUAGGUAAAAGCAAGCUUUACGUUAGGAUCUACGUUCGAUCGAGGAAAUCCGUUAUUAAGAUGUAUCAUUCUAUGACGUCGUCGCGAUCGAUCGAAUACGUACGGGGUGAUUGUACGGAGACGUAAACAAACAAGAGAACGGGCUUCUCAUUCGCAAAGCGAGUCCUUUCGAGUCGUUGCGUAACGCCUUGCUCUCUUACGAUCGUUUACACUCAAGCUUGUGUAUUUUAGCGCGAGACCUCGAAGUGAUCGUUCCGUAAAUAUUAACUCGUCGCAUAAACGAAACCUGAUGAAAUUAUUUACUCGGCCUCUACGAGUAGCGUCGAUGCAUCCGAUCGAAAUGCAAACAGAGAGAGUUUUUAUUUCCUCCUGCCCUCCCCCCCCCCCUCUCUCUCUCUCCUUGUCUUCCUUCUUUUUUUCCGUUCGCUUCUAGCCUUCUUCGCCUGGCCCUCGAAAGAUUUCGAGAACGUGCUCGCUCUUUUUCUAAUUCUGGCCGCCAGCCAGAGUCGAAAUCCGUUAUGUAUGUCACGUGUUCCGAGCUUCUCGCGUGCUCCUUGGAAGCUUCAAGGAAGAGUCCAAGUACGGUAUAUUUUUAGUUGCCGCAUGAAUUUUUUUCCAUCUAGUCGAGUAAGAACGAUAAACGUUGAAAUACAUGCGUAUGUAGAAAAACAAAGAUAAAAAUGAUCGAUCGAUCGAUCGAUCGAUCGAUCGAUCGAUAAGCGAGGAUUUUCGGCGUUUCGUUAUUUUUCGUUUCUACGAAACGAUAUCCGGAUCGGUAACCGGAGGUUGGCAAGAAGGUUCUCAGACCGUUAGACGCUUCGCUCGUUCUCCAAGUUGGUAUCGCGAUGCCUGGAGCACGAAGAGAGAAUGAGACGAAAAGAAAAAAAGAAAGAAAAAGUGAAGGAGGAAGAGAGAAAUCAGUUUCUUCGAACGGAUUCGGACAAAGAGCUCGCUGUCCAUUUUCUUGAAUACGUUCGGAACGUUACAAGAUUAAUUAUAGUUAUUACUUUGCUCGUGGCUACACGUGUUUCUAAUUUUUCCCCUUUAAAAAGUCGCAUUUCGAGCGCUUCCUUGUAUCGUAGCUAGCAGUCAAGAGACUGGGUUGCGACGAAUCCGAAAGCGAGUUUUAAUUAUUGCGAAAAACUUAUUCCGUUUCUAAAUGUGAUUGAUCCUUACGAGAGUGAUUAAAUAAAAUAAGUCUAAAGCAUUGAACGUAUAUCGUAAUAGAUAUCAUGUAAUGGGAAUGAAUUGGACGAGCGCGCAUUACCGAACGGCUGCCGGCUAGCGCGUGCUUUGCGAGCUCUACCACCGUAUACCCCUAUGUAUUAUUUAUAUUGUAUAUUAUCUCUAUAUUAGUUUUGUACGUUGCAGCGCAAUGCACCGAUGGCUUUGACCGCUCGCUCAGUUACUCGGUACUAACGAUAUGGAUAUCAAUAAUCGUGUGUUCGAGUUGGAACGAAGAGAUGCAAGCUAAUUGGAAAAAACAAAGAAAAAAAGAAUCCCGAAAAUUGUAUAUCCCCUCUUUCGUUCCUUUUAGCUUUAGAAAGUAAAGCGAAUAUCAUAAAAGUUGCGACAUAGUAUUCUCGAGACUUGUAGUCGUAAAUAGUUUGCAAAUUUAAAAACUCGUGUAGCUCGUCGUAGUUUUCUUUGACGCGAGAGAAGAUCUCGCCGCGUAAAUUUGCAUUCCGCGACAUUCUUAAAAUAAACCAGGCUUUCUUCGCCCGCCUAUGUCACUCGAACGAAGAUCUCGUUAGGACUUUUUGUCACGUCUUCUUUCUCGUGCGUUUCCGACGCGACGAAGCGCAAAUUGCGUUUCGCUUAUAAAAAGUUCUCUUCUUCUUCCGACACCUUCCGACGAUUAAAGCCUUCUUCCGCGUCGCAUGGUAGCCCGACGAUAGUCGGCAUUUUUUGGUAUGUGUUUCUCGCUCUAGUUGCCGUUUACCUCGUCGUCAAAUAAACGCUCGAUGAUAUAUAUAUGUAUAUAUAUAUAUAUAUAUUUUUUUUUUUCUAAACACGUAAACACGCUGAGCUUGUUCGAAACGAUAGAAACAUUUCGCUCAUAUUUUCCGAAAGGCUUUCGAGACAUCUUUGAGAGACAUCAAGAUAUAAUCGAGCCUGCAGCUCGAGUUGCAAAAGGAUCGUUCGUUCGCUCGUCCAAAAAGAAGUCAGCGUCCAAUAAAGAUGUCUCGUGGGGUGCAUCGGUUGGACGUAGUCCUGGUCUCGAUGCUGUUAACGACGAUGCUAGCCGGCACAAGAUCCACUUCCGUGCGUUGCGAGGACGCGAGACUUAGGUGCGCUUAUAGAACCGGAUGUGGAAUGGCUCUUCAACACUACGUUACCGGUUGCGCCUCCGUUUUGCAAGGUGACAAUUGCUCCGACGCUUGUCAGCACGCGCUCAUCGCUUUGACCAGUACCGACGAGGGAAAGGAGCUCAUGACGUGUCAAUGCACGCGAGACGACGAGCUCUGUCAACAAUCGAAGCAGAGGGUCGAGAUUUGUAGAUCGUCGGUGACGACGGCUAUGAACAGGACGAGGGUAUCCUGCAGGAUAGCCACGUGGAUAUGUAACGCGGAUGCCCUAUGUCAAACGGCUUUGUCGUAUUACAACAAAUUCUGCAAGAGCAUGUUCCACGGGAAGAAGUGCACUCACCGAUGUAGAAAUUCGAUCAACAUACUGACGCGACAAGAAAAGGCGGCGAAGCUCAGUACCUGUCUUUGCGACGGUUCCGAGGAAUACGAUUGCAAGGGGAUCCAUCGUAAUAUGAAUACGCUCUGCUUCGGUAGGAUUCAUCACGAUUAUCGCCAAGUAAAAAAAGUCGUCGACGGGACUAGGACGAACGAGAUCGUUCGAACGGAGACGAACGUUCUUGGGAACGAGGUGCCUAACGAGGCCACGACCGUUCGUCCUUUCGUCGACAGGACGACGUUGGCGAUGUCCAUCACUUUGCUCGUUCUUUUUGCGAGCCAAGGUAAUCCACACUUAUCUUUUAAAUAACUUUUAAUCACGCGCAUAUUACGCGGUAGUUGCAUACUACUAAGGUAGUUGCAUAUUACGCGCAAUUGGUUUUCAUUUCGACUGGUUUCAAGAGAAUUCACAUGAAAGAUGUACGAGGAACGAAUGUCGAACAACUGUGAUCGCGCACCAUCGAACGCCAAGAAAACUUUGAGACGCCGAGAUGUUAACGGAGGGGGAAAGGGGGAAAAGAAACAAGAGACGGUCUAGCGUAUUGUAUUUUUCAGACUGAUGCCGAGUACAACCGAGUGGCAAGACGAGAUGUCCAAAUAAAGUACAGUACAGUAUUCCGCGAGUGAACGACCAAAGAGCAUUUUUCUAGGAAUGUUUACGAGAAUAAGCGCCGGACCACGAACGCGGUCCAUGAAGAGGACGACCGCCAGAGAUAAAGCUGCCGCUUUUGUCCCCGAGUAUCCUAAUCGAAGACUGCGUUUUGCGUUAAGGACGCAAAGAUUUCCGAUAGAAACCAACCGCGUGUUCCAAAAAAUUCUGCAAAGAAAAUUGACCGAGGAGCAAGGAGACGUUUAGCGUUGUACAUUGAUUAUGUAUUAUAUAGUAACAGAUAGGGAUAUUUGUUUUUAAUA